AUGAGCUCCAUCAUCGUACGCCUAAGGUGCGAAGUUGGAAUGUAUCGCAUCGAAAUUAACAGGAACAAAAGACUGACCGAUUUGAAGAAUAAAAUUGCGGAACUAUUAAAUGUACCAGUAGAGAAACAGCUACUUUUUCUACAGGAGGAACCCAACGUACCGUUGGCAGACAAUGGGGCAUUGCUGGAGCAGUGUAACAUUAUCCAUGGGUCUGUCCUUCAUUUGAAGGGUGAGGUGAAACCAACCAGGAGUGGUGGGAAUCGGUUGGAUGGUGAUGGACCUGCGGGGGGGGGGAGUGCCAAGUGGAAGAACGACAAGGGGGGUAACCACAAGGGGGGUAACCACAAUGAGUGUAAUGCAGAGAGUGCAAAGAUCCAAAAGGGGGGUAGCGGCCUGGAUGGGGGUGGUCACCCUUCCCGGGAGGAUCGUCUAACCCCUCAGAAGGAAAAAAAAGAGGAAGGAAAAACCAAGAACGAAAAGGAGAAGUACGAAAAGGAGAAGUACGAAAAGGAGAAGUACGAAAAGGAGAAGUACGAAAAGGAGAAGAACGAAAAGGAGAAGAACGAAAAAGAGAAGAACGAAAAAGAGAAGAACGAAAACCAGGCGAACUUCAAGUCUUUCGAUUACUUCCUAAAAAUGAGGGAAUAUAACACGACGGAUCUUCCACUAAAUCUAAACUACCAAUCCGUAUUUCUAACGAAGGGGCGAUUCAUUAAAAUUCCAUUAAGUGUAACUCUGAAGCACCAAGAGUAUCGUCAUGUGGAUCACCUCGAGUUGAUGAACGUGGAGGAGGUGAAAAACUUCGUGCAGUAUUGGUACACCAAUGGAUGUAUGAGCGAACACAGAGUUGGUUGGAUGUAUGGUUAUUACAGGGAAGACCCCCAUUACAAUUUAGGCAUUCGAGCUGUGUGCGAAUGUAUAUAUGAACCUCCACAGAUAAAUGAGGUGGAUAAAGUGAAGCUGCUACCGGAUGACUUUCUCGACUCUGUUGAUGUGAUUGCAAACAGAUUAGGUCUCGAAAGAAUUGAUCCUAUGUUAAGUAACGAACCAGUGACGAAUGCAUUCAUGGUGUCCGACUUGGGGAUGGCAUUAAUUCGAUCCAAUUUGGUGGACUCGACACAAACAGAUCCUUCUGUUAUACAACUGAGGAACCCUGUGCGCAACGAGCUUCUUCCUUUGAUCCUAGAAGGAGGGAAAGAAACGAACAAAUUUGAUGCGGACUGGUUCAUUGUUCGCAUUAAUGAAUCAGCCCCUAAGGUCGUUAGGUCCCUUUUUAAAAACUUCCACUUUCCUAGAGAAAAUCGGUUGCACUCGCCCACUGCCUACGACGUGAAGGAGUACUUCGCCAGCCCCAAGUUGGAGAGGGGCACCAAUGGGAUGCACAGGUGCUCCGACUUCCACUUGAUUUUGUUCGCCUGCCGCGUGCUCGACAUGGAGACCGCGCUCGCUCUCUGCGACGCCGCGCUCAGCAAGAAGGAGAUCGACCCCAUCAUGGAGGAGAUCCUCACCUCGGUGAAGGUGUAG